AUGAAUCACCUUUCUCUGUUUUCCUUGAGGUUACUGGCUUUUACUUCAGUUUCCAACCUUGCAUCUGAAUCCUGGACCAUUCCAUUUUCAGAUUUCUCAUGUGACUUUUGGGACAAUCGUUCAACAAAUCAUUCAGAAGCUGGUCAUCUUGUGCUGCUCACCUUGAAUGGACUUUUCUGCAAAGCCAGAAAAUUAAUUUGCCUUAAUGGUAAUGAAAGGGAUAAUCUUUUAAGUUUUGUUCUUUCUUACGUAUGUGUCGCGUGUGCAUGUAUGCUCACUUUAUAUUCAAAACAAUCAUUGCAAGUCAUUUCCCAAAGAAGUUCUUGGGGCCCAAUACUGCAGUGCCACCGCAGGAUGGAGGAACCUUUGUGGAAUCCCUGUCAGAUGGUGAACUUUGUCCCUGGGUGA